AUGUUGGCGUGCUGCCCCCUGCUGCUCACCUGGCUGCUGGUCGCCACCGGAGGCCAAAGCCACAGCUGGAGACCCUGCACAGACCUGCUGCCUCUCGACCUGCUGGCCACAGCCCUGCCACGCCCAGGACAAGCCCCGCCCACACAGGUGCAGAUGGUCCAGUCCAAAGGGGCCAGAGGUCUCCGAUUGGCUGGUGCCACGCUGAGUUUUCCAGCCUCACAAAUCUUCACCAACUGUGACCUCUUCCCUGCUGAAUUCUCAUUGGUCGCCACCAUCAAGAUCCCAAGACUGAGGCAGAAGAGGAACCAGUACCUCUUCUCUGCGGUGGACGAGAGCUCUGAUUCGCUGUUGCUGGGGUUACGUGUCUCUGAGAACCGCCUCCACUUCAUGACCACAUCCUCUGGUGCUGGUGGGCGGGGCCGGCUGAGCUUUAGAAAUGUGGGGUUGGACGAUAACCGCUGGCACACCGUGGUGCUGGCCGUCACCGGGCCGUACGCCACACUGACUGUGGACUGUGGACUUCCUCUGGAGAUUAAACAGGCCCAGUCGUUUCCCGGUGCUCUGAGCACCAGAGGGUCCCGGUUCUUUGUCGGCAGCAGGAGACGGGGGAGGGGAGGUUUCACUGGUCUUCUGCGUCAGCUGGUCCUACUUCCUGGAUCCGAUGCCACGGCCAGACUGUGUCCGACCUCUGACCCCAGUCUGGCCGAGCUGUCUGUCCCUCAGAUCCUCAAGUCCAGCCCCCUCGAGCCGGACCCUCAGGGACCAGCUGACCCCUACGGGGUCGAGGCCACAGUGACUCUGGGAAGUCGUCCCGUGUGUUCGAGAGCAGAACAAGGUCAGCUGUGGUUCAGCGCUCAGAGAAAAGGUCUGUUCAUUUGUGACGGACUCACCUGGAGGACACUGCUGCAGAAUCCGGAGCGUCUGGAUUACGUGGAGGAUUAUCAGGAUCUCUACACCAGCUCAGAAACCUUCGACGUGGAGCUCUUCUCCAUCCCAUCUGAAGGCCUGUUCAUGGCUGCAGCCAACAGGGACUCUCGGUCCGGGUCCGGCUUGUACAAAUGGAGAAACGGUUCUUUCCAGCUCUACCAGAACAUGAGCACCCAGGAGGCUCGGGCCUGGAAACACUUCACUGUGGACGACAAGAUUUUUUUGGUGGUGGCAAACUCCAGGGAGGUGGAGCCUGAGCUGUCCAUCAUCUAUCGCUGGAACCAUCGGCGGCGGCGUUUCCUCCGUUAUCAGACUCUGGAGACUCACGGCGCUCUGGACUGGGAGGCGUUCCAAAUCCACAACCACAGCUACCUGGUCGUGGCCAAUCACAGACGAGACUCGAACCACAACAUCCAGAGUGUGAUCUACAGGUGGAACCCAGACACAGAGCUGUUUGAGGUCAACCAGAGCCUGUCCACGUCCGGAGCGUACGACUGGGAGUUCUUCACCGUUGGACCGUACCACUUCCUGGUGGUCGCCAACACCUUCGACGGUCAGAGCACGAGCAUCAGCUCCACGGUGUACGUGUGGUUGGACGGACGCUUCCAGACGUUCCAGGACAUCCCGACGGUGGGAGCCACUGAUUGGGAGACGUUUCAGAUCGAAGGCCGGUUCUUCCUCGCUGUCGCCAACAGUCAGAAGAUUUCUGACCGCGGCCCGAGUCCGUACAGCAUCAACUCCACCGUGUACGAACUCAGUGCACUGACGCAGACCUUCAUCCGCUUCCAGGACAUCCUCACACACAGUGCGGUCGACUGGGAGUUCUUCACCAUCGGAGAUGAUAAGUUCCUGGUGGUGGCCAACUCUUACGACGGCAGCUCGCACUCUGUGAACAGCGUGGUCUACAGGUGGCAGGGGUACGAGGGAUUCGUUCCAGUCCACAGUCUGCCGACGUUCGGCUGCAGAGACUGGGAACACUUCAGCACUGACGAAGGCUCCUUCCUCAUCUACUCCAGCGCCACCACCAGGCUCAGCAAGGUCUUCAAACUGAAGACGUACUGA